UAGUCCCAUUUAAAAACAAAAACAAAAAAAAAAAAAUGUGUUUGACUUAAUUUUUUGUAAGAAGUGUUUUGAGAAACAAAUAGCGCGAAAGGACAUGUAUCAAUGUAUCGAUGUUUGGGGCAAAAGGGUUAAUUUAUUCAUGUGGGUAUAAUAGUCUGUUGGGUCAUGUUUACGAAAUUGGCUAUUUUGUGUAUGACCAAUAAAUUUAGAAAACACUUUUGAUCAACAUUAGUGUUUGAUCAAGCUUUUUAAACGUAUUUUGAAGGUACUUUUCUCAAAAUUGUUUUGGGAAAAAGUUACUUUUCUUUUAGCUUUUGAAAAGCGGAAAUAUCUAGGAACACUUAUUUUCUCUCAAAAGUUUGGCCAAACACUUUGGAAUAAGUGUUCUUUUGAAAAAAUAAACACUUUUGGCCUCCCAAAAGCUUACCAAAUAGGCUAUAAGUUAUUAAAUUGGAUGAACGAGUAAUUUAAUCGAAAUCAAAUAAAAUUUUGGAUAAUUUCGAGAAAUUCCUUGGAUUGAGGGGUAAUUUUAGCUAGUGUUUGGCCAUAGAUUUUCAAUAUUUUUGGAAAGUUAGAUUUAAGUGAAGUUUGAAUUGAAGUUUCACCAUAUGUUUGGCCAACGGAUUUUGGGAAACAUUUUUCGCUCUUUUUUUGAAACAAAUAUGAAACAUGAUUUAUAUCCUAAGUUUUAAAAACUAUUAAAAAUACCUACAAGUUUGACACAAUAAUCAAUUUUAUGAUGAACUGAAUAAUACAUUAUACAAAAAUUAUAACACAAUAUUUUAGAGCUAUUGAAUAUUCCCUAGCAGAUAUGGCUUGUCGAUCUUACAAGAGAUAUUUGUAUCUGUUGAAGAGAUAUACUAAGUAUGUCAAGUGAUCACUGAUUAUGUCAAGUGAUCAUUGAUUAAUACCCAAAUCAUGUUUAUCCUGGGAAUAUGGCCUAAUAGAAGCCUUACAUUUACUAUUACUCAGAAUCAAGGUAGAUUUUAAUUUUUACACAAUCUCAAUAAUGGUAUCAUGAAGUGAAUAUGAAAGAUGUCAAGGUUUGGGAAAGGUAUUGUAUGUCCCAUAAAAUAUAUCUUGUGUACAUGGCUGAGUUUCUUUUGUUCUAUUACGUUGAACAUUGAAAUUAGAUAAAAAAAAUCUUGAAGGUUUGGAAUCAUUUUGAUCGCCUUUUCAAUAUGAGAUCCUUCCAAACGGAUUUCAUUCAUCCUCGGUGGUUUUAGAAAUCUUGCAAGAAAUCCCAAGUUGGCUAUGCCACUUCUGUGCUUACUUUUUAUUGUGAAUGACCACAUUUUCCCGUUCUUCUAUAAGCAUAUAUAUAUAUAUAUAUAUAUAUAUAUAUAUACCAGUGAGUAGGAUUUGACAAUGAGUUUUAGUCGGUGAUUGAAAAACUUUCCUUUAUUGAUCUUGAUUCACGUACAAAUUCUAAAACUAUGUACCCAGCUAAAUCGGAGAGCUAGAUAGUUUCUAUCGAGAUCGUGAUGGAUGAACAUAGCUUACGAUCACCGGCUUUGAUCAUGCAACUUAGCAGAUGAGGAAGAAGGACAUUACUACGUGAACAUACAACUUCUGAUAAUUUGCCAAAAGAUAAGUGGAAUUUUAUAUCUCGGACGAUGAAAGGAGAUAAGGCAAAUGGUGACAAGAGUGCAAAUGUUUGAUUAUGUGAAAGCAAAUAGUGGAGGCAUAAUAAGAGAUCAUAUUCAUGAAAAGAUGGAGGCUAAAAGUACUGAAAUCUAGAAAGAAAGAGGAAAACGCUAAAGAACAAAGAUUAUAAACUGAAACAUCUAGUUACUUCGUUUUAUCUCAUGACUUAUUCUCUGCUUUACUUUGUUCUUCUUCACUUUUCAUUGCACGUGAAAGUAUUUGUGAGAACUGUUUGACUCAAAAUGUGCCUUCAGGAUCUUCAAUGCCCCCCAAAUGAAAGGAAAUUGUGGUGAACUAAUCAAUUUUAUAGGUUGAUAUGAUAGAGUUAAAGAUUGUGUACACAGAGAAAUAGAAAAGGCAAGGUGUGAACAAUUAAUUAGAAAAGAACAAUCAACUUUGAAAAGAUAAUUAUACUUAGGAAUGACUGAUAUUGUUGUGGAUGAAGGAUACCGACAAGGAAAGAUCUUGCUUUCAAUAUCAUCUAUUGGAGAAAUCAGGUUCCAAAAUUCAAAUAUACCAAUGUUUAAUCGUGUGAAGACUAAACAAAUCGCCUAAGGAGGAAAGCUUGAAAACAAAUAUAGAAUUAAUUAUAAAUAAUGCAUUUUAACUUAUAUCAUAGGAAAAUGUUACUCUAGAUGUUAGCGUUUUAGUAUAUUUAAGUUGCAUCAUAUAACUUUAUUAAAUUUUUCCAAAUAUGUAUGCAUUAACUAUUAAGCAUAUCUAUUCAGUGAAAAAUAUGAGACACGUGCAACGCACAUGCUGAGAGACUAGUUUUAAUAAAACUACCAAUUGUACAAUUGUUAGCUAUUACAAUUUGUCAAAUAACAAUUAGUCAUGAAGAUCCAUCCAUGCAAAAGAAUGAAUAAUAACAAUGACAAUAACUAGUUAUUCUUUAAUAUAAUCUUAUUUGGUAGGUUAGAUAGAAUUAUAGUUGAAGUCAUAAUUGAUGAGAUUUUCUUAUAAAAUAUAAAAGUUUGGGGUAAGUUUUAGAAUUUUAAAAGAACCCCAAAACUAGAUUUUGGUCCAAAAAUAAUUUUUUUUCUUGAUUUUGGGAUCUUGAGAUUUUGCACAAAACUUGACAAAUUUUAUGGCCAAAUAAAUUUUGCCAAAUUUCCCCCCCAAAACUACUUGCAAUAUCUAAUGACCAAAUGACUCCUAAUUAGUUUUAUAAAGGUAGGGUAUAAUUGGCUGGAAACAGCCUCUCCACUUUCUUAAAGGAAAAUGGAAAGCCUGUGUAUACACUACCCUCCCUUGACCCCAUUUGUGAGAUUUAUGAGUUCGAAGCCUAAAGGGCAACUUGUUGAAUCAAAAAUGCCAAAACGGCAAUGGGAAUAUGGGGUAGACCAAAAGGGACAAAAUGUUCAUACCCAAACAUUUUGGUCCAAUUGUGGACUCCUAACUGUGCAGGCAAAUCAUCGGAACAAAAACGUUUCCUUAUUGUUCUUUAUUUAUUUUUUCUAAAAGUCGUUUACGGCUAAAUGAUAUGCUUAUUAUUAUUAUUUUUGAAAAUCGUUUAGAGAAGAACGAUUUGCUCUGUCGUGCUGUUUUUUUUAGAAAGAAACUUUUUACAAUAUUCAUUAAUGGCUAAAUAUCUGGAUGCUUUUUAACUCUUUUUGGAAAUUUAGAGUUUGAUGUCCACGUUUCAGAGUUUGAUGGCCACAACCAGUUGGCUUCUUAGGCCGUAACAAUCUUAAACAAAUUGAGAGUUUGAUGUAAACGUUUUUACUCUUUCUAAUUUUUUUUCGAGUUAUUUUAUUCUGUCCACAUUAAUGUUCAGUUAUUUAGUCAUUAACGAAUUUUAUAAAAAGAAAUAAAAAAGCAUGACAGAGCAAAGCUCUAAACAAUUUUCCAAAAAACAUAAGGAUAUCAUUUGGCUGUAAAUGACUUUUAGAGGAAAAAAAUAAAGAAUGAUAAGAAAAUUGUUUUUGCUCCAACUAUUUGCUUGCACAGUCCGGCCACUUCAGGGCCCACAAUUGGGGCAAAACAUUUGGGUUUGAGCGUUUUGUCCCUUUUGGUCUACUUUAAAUUUCAGUGGUCGUUUUUACAUUUUUGAUUCAAGAAGUUACCCUUUAAUAUCCUGAUUCUUUUGCUGGGUAUGUUGCUCCAGACUCUUUUAUUGGGUAUGUCGUUGUUGGUGGCCGGUUAUUUUUGACCCUUUUUCCUUUAAUCAACUGGUCAUUUGCCUUUGUGAGACCAUACACAAAACGAGAGUAGAGAGACCGGAGAAGUUCUCUAAAUUAUCAAAGAACAAGCCAUCAGAGCAUGUAACUUUAUUGGCAAAUCAAUUCCAGGAUUCACAAUUUUGGUCCCGUAAACAGAGCAAUGUCUUUGAGUUUUCAAUCUUCUAUAUUGGUGGCUUCCCCAUCUUACCCCAAUUCUGUUGCUUGGUCAGAGGAGAAUUUGGUGGCUGUAGCUUCCGGUCAUAUUGUUACCAUAUUGAAUCCAGCUAAACCAUUUGGAUCACGAGGUCUCAUUACCGUCCCUCCUGGAAAACCUUUUCCUAUUGGGUUGAUUGAUAGAAAAGAUUUACUCUCUGGCUGUAUGUUACAUAUUGCAUUGUCUCGAGACUCCUCCCCUCAAGAAAAGCUAAAUCGCGAAAAUCGACCAUGUGUCCGGUCAAUAUCCUGGUCACCAAUUGGAGUUGCUUCAAAUUCCGGUUGUUUGCUUGCAGUCUGCACUACUGAAGGACAUGUAAGGCUUUACCGGAUGCCAUUUCGUGAAUUUUCAGCAGAGUGGGUAGAGGUCAUGGAUAUAUCAAAAAUGCUGUAUAGCUAUCUCACCUCUACCAAUUUUCAGGCUGCAAGCUUUAGAGUCUCAGAAGUUGCUGAUCCCACUCAAGCUUGCUUAGAUGAAGGAGAUGAUGAUCUGCCAAUCUCUACCAUGAGAAAGGAACUUAAGCGUCGGAGACUGAACGCAACCGUGAUGGAGGUCAAAGCUUGCAGUCAGAAAGAGAAAAAUACUUCUACUGUUACUCGCUCAAAAGCAAUGUCUUCGAAGAAAGUAGUUGGAGAUGGCAGUCAAUCAUUAAUCACUGCCGAGGAAUAUGCCUCUCGCAAUGCAAUGCUGUCUUCACUCAUUGUAGCUUGGUCACCCUGUCUGCCACAGACAUCUGGUGGUGGUAUAUCUACUGCUAAUGGCUUGAUUAGUGGCUGUUCUGUACUUGCGGUUGGAGGGAAAUCUGGUGUAAUAUCAUUGUGGAGAAUGCAUAAACCAGAAAGCUACUCUAUUAUGAAUUGCCCCGACUCAGAUGAAGCAUUGCUUGUUGGACUUCUCGAGGCACACGAUACUUGGAUCACAACAAUCAGUUGGGGAUUGUUCAAUUCUGAUGCUUCAAAUCCUCUGCUUUUAUUGGCCACUGGAUGUUCCAAUGGGAGUGUGAAGAUCUGGCAUGCGUGCUGCAGAAGACUAGUAGAAUCAUCAGAACUUAGUGAUUCACCCUUUUCUCUAUUGAAGGAGGUAAAGGCCGCUGACUUUGCAAUGGCCACUAUGGUUUCCCUCACCGUGUCUGGGCAGUCACCUAACAAAAUGCUUUUAGCCAUUGGCAAGGGAUCUGGAUCAAUUGAAGUGUGGACUUGUGACAUUCUUGUUCGUAGAUUUGAGAAAGCUGGCUCCUGUGAUGCCCAUAACCAUGUUGUUACAGGUCUAGCUUGGGCUUUUGAUGGACGUUGCCUUUACAGCUGCAGCCAGGAUGACUCAACCCGCUGCUGGAUUUUACAUGAAAAUUCUCUAUGUGAAGUACCUAUUCCUUCCAAUACACCUGGCGUGGAAAGCUCUGCUGAUGUGCCAGAUGCAUUUUGUUCUUCCUUUGGUCUAGCCGUAUCUCCGGGAAAUCUGGUGAUGGCUGUGGUAAGAGCUUUUUCUACCGAGCGACUGAAUCAAAUGUAUGAGGCAAGGGCUCUGAAAGCUGCAGUAGAAUUUCUAUGGAUUGGAGGACAGCAGCUGGAGAUUUCCUCUACGGCUUGUCCAGAUUUUGACAUUAAAGUUUUCCCAGAUUUUCCUGAGAAAGAGCUAAUUAGUUGGGAGAACAAUAUAUUAUGGUCAUUAAAUCAGCAUGAACCUUUGGAUAAACCAUUGGUUGUUUGGGAUGUUGUAGCAGCACUCUUGGCCUUUAAACAGUCUAUUCCGAAAUACGUGAAACAUAUUAUACUUAAAUGGUUGAGAUCUUCUGUGGGAGUUUCUGCAAACUUGUCUGAAGCAAUUAAAUGCCUCUCAGGGAUCUCCUCACGUAAGUUGCAAGUCCUCAACAUCAUCAGCAAGCUGGUAAUCUUGAAAAAGGUGGAGACAGAUAAAGUUGAUGGGAAAUCACAGCUUUUGGAGGUCUUCGGUAGUGUGGAAGAUGAAAAAUUGGAUUGGACACAGCUUCAUUCAAAUAGUGAGAUGGAACUGAGAGAUAGGCUGGUUGGCUAUAGCUUUACUUUCUUUCUUGGUGUCGCCUCUGCUUCUGAUGGAAAGGGUAGUAAACCUGGUUACUGGGCCCCUGUUGGAACAGCACAGAUGAAGCAGUGGGUUGCACUUCAUUGUAAAGAUGUAAAGAAUCAUCUGAAGCUUCUUGCAGACGAAGUACGAUCUGUUGCGAAGAGUCAGCGUCCCUCCUUUUGUGAAUAUGUAGAGGAGGAGGAAUGUAGUUUCUGCUCAGCAUCUGUACCAUUUGAUUCUCCAGAUUCUGCCGUCUGUCAAGGGGUGAAGUGUGAUACUGGAAAUAGUCCAAGACACAAACUAUUUCGGUGUGCUGUUUCUAUGCGUAUCUGCCCACUUGUUCCGGUAUGGCAUUGCAUGUGCUGUCAGAGAUGGGCUUCAAUAUUAGCUCCUUCGCCCCUUUUCAAAAUGUCUGGAUAUCCUUCAGAUUUCAAGUCUAACACAGAUGAUGAACCUCCAAAACCUUGGUGUCCCUUAUGUGGGAUUCCUUUAAAGAGAUCACUGCCAGAAUUUCUACUCUCACCAUCCUUUGUAUAGGGUCUAGUAAAUAGAGAAGUACUUAUUAAGUUAAUAGUGUUCGUAGAAUGUAACUGAUGUAGAGGGAUCACUACUUUUUAACAAUUGCUUUGAUUAUGAUUUUUUUCUAUGUAGUC